AUGGCUCCCGCGAAUGCCAAGGCCAACUACAAGACCUACGAGGCUCAGGCUCGUAUGGUUCGCGCCAUUGUAGCCGCCCAUCCCGAGGUUAAAUGGAACUACAAGGAAAUCGCUGCCUGUUAUGGCUCCGACAUGACUGAUCAUGCCUUGAACCAUCGCUUUCGCAAGGUUCGCGCUACGGUCAACAUCAUCAACGAUGCGCGUGUGCAGGGUCUCGAUAUCAAGGACUUGACCACCGACGAGAACUUGCUUCCUUCGACUCAAGCUGCCAUUGACAAGAACAACAUCGCCAAGUACUUUGGCCAGUCGACUACUGAUGGAAUUCAGUUCCAGUUCCGCACUAUCAAGAAGGACGCAGAGAAUCUUCGCCAGACCGCUAAUGAAGGAGGCGACGUUGCUAACUGCCUUAACCUUGGUAUCGGCUCUGGUCCUAACGGGCUCAGCACUCCUUCCAAGCCUACUCCUGCUCGUGGUGCCGGGAGUCGCUCUGGUAAAGGCUCGAAGCGCAAGGUCAAUGCACUUCCCAUGAACCCCAUCAAACGCUCCGCUUCUGAUGACGAGGACGAAGAUGAACUCAACUUCGACGACUUGGACAACACCCCCUCCAAGAGGGUCAAGACAACAGGUCGCACUCCUCGCGGAGCUACCCCUGCUCGCUCAGCCGCUCGGAAGGCCGCUGCUACUAUCACCGACGCCUCUGCGCAGUACCAAGACAGCGAGUCUCCUUACGACGACGCGCCCAUGCCUGUUCCAACCCCUGCUUUCACUAGCCACCCUGCGAGUCUGCCCCCUUCAACUACUGUCGCCCCGACAUCGCUCUUUGGAGAUGUCGAACGCAAGCCUCAGUCCUACAUGAUGCCGCCUCCCGGCCUCGAUAUGAUGGCCUCGACCGAACCCUCAUUUCCCGACAUUUUCACUGGUGGCAAGAAAAGCUACACCGGAGCUCCCCCAGAUGAUUCAUCCUACAUGGAUUGGGGUGACGGGGAAAUCUAA